AGAAACCCGAGCGUUCUCGGCAUCGCUGUAGGGAGCUUACGUGACUUUCCUAAAAUUCUUUAUUCUCUGCUGAAUCACUCCAGGAACGGUAACCAACCAAUAUUAAGGAGUGAGUCUCUGUGAUGGCUGCCCAACAGGAAAAGCAGAUACGUCAUCGGGUGGCAAGUGAAGAGAAGGCAUUCCAUGUUGUGUUGCGCCUCCUAGAAAACCCCAUAUCAGAGGACUACCUCAAGGAUGCUGGUCAGCUGAUCUCUCCCAGUCACUAUGCCGAUGUGGUUGAGGAACGGUCCAUUGCCAAGGACUGUGGCUACCCUGUCUGUAGCAACAAGCUGUCCAAAGUUCCUAAACAGCAGUACAAAAUAUGCACCAAGUCCAACAUGGUGUAUGAUAUCACAGAGAGAAAGAAAUUUUGCAGUAACUUCUGCUUUAAGGCCUCGCAGUUCUUUGAGAAGCAAAUAUCAACAUCUCCAGUAUGGUCGAGGGAACUUGAACCCAAGGUUGACUUUGAGUUCCUGGCUGUACAAGCCAAGAGGUGUACUAUUGGGGAUGAGGUAUUGCUCAGCCUGCCUCAGACAGACUUGAAGAAGGAGGUAAUGAAACUUGAAAAACAGGAUCAGAUCAGCUCUUCUAAACAGCAGCAACCUGACAGAGCUGAAAGUCCUGUGUCAGACACAGUAACUACCCAGUCCCAAACAGAUGAAGAUUCAAAUAUAAUCUCCAACAUUGUAGAACACAUGGCUGGCAUGACUGUGGCUGACCUCCAUCAGGUUCAUGGAAUUGAUGUGGACUUCUCAGAGCCUCAAGGGGAGGCAACUCUUGUGAAAGAUAUUGUAGAACAAAAAGAGAGGGCUAGUAAUGUUGAAGGUGCUGUGGAAACAAAUACGAUUGAAGAUAAAAGUUUAAAACCUGAAGGUGAAAAAGGUCAAGGUGAGUCAGAAGGUGAUGCAAGGUCAGAGAUUAAAGGUCAGCGUAAUGGAGAGUCAAAAGAAGACUACUUGAUGAGGCUGCUGAGUAGGAAGAAGCAUCUGCUGGGUCAGCUGGCUGAUAUUCAGGAAGCAGGAAGGAGGCAAGAAAAAUGAUAGGUUGAAUUCAGUUCCACGGUCAAAGAGAGUGGUUGUGAAGUGAUUGACUCUGAUGAAGAGGAUGAUGCAUGUACUAACGAUGCUGAUAAAGGACAGAAAAGCAUUAUUACAGAUCAAUCAGAGAAAAUAUCUUUUGAGAAGGAAACAAAAGUUGUUCGUCAAGCCACUGGACUGAUUACAGACCUGUCAGCCUCUGCUAACGCAUCACCAUCACGAGUACACACACCAACUAAAAGAACAAGGGCAGCUUCAAAAUCGCCAGUUUCCAUAUUACGGCCUCUUGAUGCAGUUUCCAAGGUGAUGGAAGAGUGGGUUACGAGAGACUCUCUGAAGUUUCUGGGCAUUGGUGAGAAAGAUUCCACAGCUGUGAACCAGCCUGAGUUUGACAAGAAAUAUGGUGAACUGUGCAAAAUGGUUGCAGAUCAGGAAAAAGAUUUUGACCGCCUGCUUGGGGAAGUGCAAGUGGAGGAUGAUAAGCAGGCGUCAAGUCCAUUACCGGACUUCAAGCAGAUACAAGCUGAGACUAGAGACUAUGAGCUGAGAGUGAGGGAGUUCUACAGAGGGUCUAUCGGGGGACGGAAGAAAGGGAUGAAGGACACAGAUGAUACCAUACAGCAGUCUGCCGAGAAGUCCCGCCAGAAGGUGCAGCUUCCCACUGUGGACUCCCACGACCAGAUGGUGAUACGGAGGAAGAUAGUGCUGGAUAGACUGGACAAAGUAAUUCCUGAUCUCCUGCCUCCCCUGCAUCUCUCCCUUGAAGAUGUGGCGCAGCACCUCCGAGAACUUGUCUACACAUUCAGCUUCACAAGUCACAACAUUCUCUUCAAGCCUGGACAGUGGAGUCUGGUAGCAUUCAUCCUGAUGAAAAUACUGGCGUUGAAGUCGAAGAAGAUCCAGACAUCCUUCAAGGAACAGUCUGCCAUGAAGUACUUCAGCAAUAUUCUGGCUGGCAUCGGCCACACACUCUCUGAUCUGGAUGAAGUUGUGGAAUGGUUGGCAUGCCUGAAGAUGGACACUUGACGACUCAGCUUGUAGUACAUAGUCCUCACUUCACAGAUUACAUACAAAAUCAGGAACUGAUUAUUGAAGUACCGCUUGACUUGCAAUAAGCAUAUAAAGAAACUGAUAGAAAUAUAUUCAUUAUGUCCAGUGUAUAAUAUGAUGUUUUGUCCAGAUCUUGGUUGAGGUGACACAUGAAUUUAGGUAAUGACUGUACAGGGUUAUGUCCCUUUGGUGCCAGGAUCUGCUGAUCAAUGGUUUGAAUCCAGCCUUUGCCCAGAUUAUGAACACUGGAUACUGUACCCACAUUAUUAGCUGCACCAGUGUUGUUUAUAACCAACCUUUGUCAUUAGUAGACUUUCCACGCAUGUAAUGAACCGUGAGAACCGUGAAGUAACUUAUAUACUGUUUCAUACAGUGUCAAUUCUGACUCACUUAUUCCAUAUUAGGACAGUGGGUGGCCUAGUCAUAAAUAUGUUGGUUCAUACGUGCAGGAUCAGUAAUGUUACUAGGAGAAUAAAAUGCAGGUUUGGUACAUGAUCAUAUGGCUAUGACAACAACUGAUUCAACUCAUGCCAAGGGACCCAUGAAGGUCCGGGUUAGAAUGAACCUACAGUAACCCAUGCUUGUCGUAAGAGGCGACUAACAGGAUCUGGUGGUCAGGU